AUGUUCGUUCGCCACAUCUUCAGCUUUCUUCCAUGCUGGGCCGCCGCGAUCCUCGCGACGGCGAAGAUGCCUAAUCUCGUCGAUGCGGCCGCCGUGAAUUCUUCCGCGCUGGGCGCCUUGAGCGUGCGUUGCGACGGCGCGCUCUACGGGUUCAAUCCCAACAUUGCCGACUGCGAGGGCGCGGCGCAGUUCAUCGUCCCGGACUCGGUACAGUUGGUGUGGGGAGAGCGGCAUUCGGGGUUGCCGGUCGGUAUCUUCCCUCUUCCGUUCGCGGUCUUCGGUGACAAGGCCGAAUGCGUCGUCCGGACGAUCGUCCGCGGAGCUGGUCCCACCGCUCGCGCGAGUCUCGCUCAGGUCAAACGCGCCGCGGCCGCUCUGAGCUUGCAGUGCGCGGCGGGUGGUCAGUCACAAGGUGGUAUCGCGACCAAUAUCGGCGGCGACGACAACCUCGCCGUGAUUCUGAGUACGUACAAGCCGAAGAUCCAAUGCGGCAGCGCCCAGACCUUCAGCGAUGCAUCUUCCUGCGAGGGUCUCUUGGCGGAUAUGCCGGCGUCGACGGCGAAGGUGCUUUUUGGUCCUGAUGAUGUACCCGGCGUCCGGGAACCGCUUCCUCAGUUGAUCGCCUCGGGUGACGACAAAUGUCUCCUCAGGCUCUUCUCCACGGGCAGAGCAGAUUCCGCCUCUUGGUACAGCAUCUGGGAGGCCACGGAAGCGACGUUUGCGAGGUGCGCCAGGGACCGGAAACCCGGCAGCUUCAGGGGACUGGGAGAUCGCGGCGAUAUUUUCUUUACGCUGGCGUCGGUGCCGUCGAUCGGACCGCUUGGGAAUUCUUCUUCUCGGGCGGUGACAGCGUAG